ACUACUAUCCUUUGCUGUUUUGCAGAUAUAUUAUCCCAAUAAUCGGUUUUUGAAAAAUGAGUUCUAGUUCUUGGCCUCUUUUAUUUGACUCCUUAAGGAGCAUAAUUGAAACUCUUGAGAAAGCUAAUACUGCUGAUGUUUCUGUGGUUAGAGCAAUAAAACAUUGUUCUGAGACUUCAAGAUGUCUUUUGGCUGCAAGUGAAAGAACAGGUUUGUUAACUGAACACUUGCAGCUGCUAAAUUUUCUCCUCAGAAUUGUUUCCAAUCUUCAACCUGAGGCAAGUAAUUUGUCAAAUUCAAGAGGAAAGAAAAAAAUAUCUGGUUACAACAGUUCAUGGGAAGUUGAAAUAGUAGCUUUUACUAUUAUUGGUGAACUAUAUUCGAGAUUUGGAUCUUCUUUACCAGUUGAUACUUGGCAAUCAACAAUUGAGAUCCUUAGAAAUAUUUUGGAAAUGGUGGCAUCUAAGGGCCUUAUUAAGGAAGAUAGAGCCAUUGCCAGGUUUUAUACCUCGUUUCUACAUUGCCUGCACUUGGUUCUUGCAGAUGCCAAGGGAUCGUUGUCUGGCCAUGUGGCUGGUCUUGUUGUGGCAUUGAGGAAUUUUAUUCAUUAUGGCCUUACUAAUAAAUCACAUGAUAUGUUUGCCAUUGCUGAUAAGAAGCAGAUUACUUCUGUUAGCAUGAAGCCAGAUUUGGCAGAAUCAACAAAAUCACAAGCGGGCCGAUAUAGGCCUCCACACUUACGAAAUAAAAAUCUGAAAAGUUUGCAGUUGGAGGAUGAGAAAUCUCUAACACUAUCAUCUGAUUCAGAAAACAGUGAUAGUGAUGGAUCAGGGAGGGUUACUUGCAAUACAGCCUAUGCUAAGACUAGAUUAGCUGCGAUCAUCUGUAUCCAGGACCUUUGUCUAGCUGAUCCCAAAUCAUUUACGGCUCAGUGGACAAUGCUUUUACCAUCCAGUGAUGUCCUACAGCCAAGAAGGUAUGAGGCAACGCUGAUGAGUUGUUUGCUGUUUGAUCCAUAUCUAAAGGCACGGGUUGCAGCUGCUUCUGCCAUCAGGGCUAUGCUGGAUGCUCCGUCAUCUGUUUUUCUUCAAGUUGCGGAAUUCAAGGAAUCAGCUAAAUGCGGGUCAUUUAUGGCACUCUCCAGCUCUCUUGGGCAGAUUUUAAUGCAGUUGCACUCAGGUACAUCAUAAAUUUUGCUUGGUUUGAGG